AUGCCUCUUAUUCAAGAUACGAAUCCCAACCUCCCGGGCGACAGGGACGAUGCGCCUGCCCUGGCUGUGGUUGGCCUUGCAUUCGAAUUCCCCCAAGCAACAUCGAGCGAUGAGUUCUGGGAGAUGAUCUCCGAGGGUCGAUCAGCCAGCACGGACUUUCCCAAGGAGCGGAUGAACAUAGAUGCAUUCUAUCAUCCGUCGCAGGAGCGGCCAAGCUCGAUUCCCGUACGCGGGGGAAAUUUCAUUCAAGAAGAUCUAGGGGCCUUUGACGCUCCGUUUUUCUCAAUCACACCAGGAGAGGCAGCGUGUAUGGAUCCGCAGCAUCGACGAAUGUUGGAAACGACAUACCAUGCGCUGGAGGAUGCGGGAAUUCCUAUUGAAAAGUGCUCUGGGUCAGACACGGCUGUCUAUACGGGUUGUUUCACCAAUGACUACAUCAACCUAUUACAGCAGGACUUUGAGCUGGAACAGAAACACGCGGCGAUGGGUGUUGCGCCCUCGAUGCUUGCCAAUCGGGUCAGCUGGUUCUUCAACCUGAAAGGCACCUCCAUGAAUUUAGACUCGGCUUGCUCUAGCAGUCUGAUUGCCCUACACCUGGCGGCCCAAGAUCUGCACGCGGGCAAUUGUUCCAUGGCAUUGGUAGGCGGCGCGAAUCUGGUCUAUCACCCGCAUUUCAUGAAGAUCAUGUCUGCCUUUAACUUCCUCUCUCCAGAUAGCCGCAGCUGGAGCUUUGACAGCCGCGGAAACGGCUACGCGCGUGGAGAGGGGCUAGUUAUGCUGGUACUCAAGCGAGUUGACGAUGCCCUGCGAGACGGUGAUUGUAUCCGGGCGGUCAUCCGCAAUACAGGGUCGAAUCAGGACGGUAGGACGCCCGGGAUUACCCAGCCGAGUAUGCAAUCGCAGCUGGACCUCAUAAACCGCACAUAUCACCAGGCAGGGGUCUCCAUGACGCCUACCCGCUAUUUUGAGGCGCAUGGGCCCGGAACGCCAGUCGGGGACCCUAUUGAGGCAAAUGCCAUCGGGCAAGCGUUUAAAGACUACCGGACGAAGGAGGAUCCGCUCUAUGUUGGCUCUAUUAAGGCGAAUAUUGGUCACCUGGAAGGCGCCAGCGGAUUGGCAGGAUUGGUUAAAUCUAUCCUAAUCCUCGAACAUGGUGUGAUUCCUCCUAUUGCCGGGUUCGAAAACCUCAACCCGCGCAUUGAUGCGACGAAAUUGUCUCUGAAGUUCCCGAAAGAAGCUUUGCCUUGGCCGUCGACUGGUCUUCGUCGGGUUUGCUUGAACUCGUUUGGUUUUGGUGGUACUAAUGCGACUGUCAUCAUUGACGAUGCUUACCACUAUCUCAAGCACAACAAUCUGAACGGUUUUCAUCGUACCCGGCCGCUCCCUCCGAGCUAUCCAGCACUAUUGACAAUGGGGCCAAACGGCGACUCUCAGAUGACGACAGAGGCUUCUGAAUUGCAAGUCCCAAGACUACUUGUCUGGUCUGCGGCAGACAGGUCGACUGCAGAGAAGCUCGGUGCAGCCUACCAUGAAUAUGUACGCCAGUAUCCGCAAGACAUCACUGAUGUGACGUAUACAUUAGCUGCACGACGGAGCAAACUAUCCUGGAGAGCCUUUACCGUCACUGGCGUCGAUGACCAGAUGCCCGAGCUCACAAGACAAAACGCACCAUUGAAGGCUCGGGACGGAGCUCGACUGGCAUUUGUGUUCACCGGUCAAGGGGCUCAAUACCUAGGUAUGGGCCGGGAGUUACUGACACAUCCUGUGUUCCUGAAUACCGUAAACCUCAUGGAUGAUGACUUGAAAUCUCUUGGUUGUUCGUGGUCUCUUAAAUGGCUGCUCGAAGCUUCGGAAAGUGAAACCCCCAUCGACAGGCCGGAGUAUAGCCAGCCCGCAACCACCUGCCUCCAGAUUGCGCUGGUUGAUCUGUUAGAGAGCCUUGGUGUGACCGCUGGGGUUGUUCUGGGUCAUUCAUCCGGUGAAAUUGCCGCGGCAUAUACCACAGGUGCUUUAUCGCGCUCCACGGCUGUGAAAGUCGCCUACUACAGAGGCCUGCUGUCAUCACAGCUGGCUGAGCAGAGGACUGAUCUCUCGAUGAUGGCUGUGGGUAUAUCUGCAAGCGACAUUCAGCUCUACCUGGACCGACUUCAGCAGCUUGGGUCCUCAUUGGAAGUGGAGAUUGGCUGCGUUAACAGCCCAAAGAGUAUCACGUUGACAGGCUCCAUUGACCAGCUCAGCACAAUCCAGCAGUGGCUGGAGAGUGACGGUGUCUUCGCGAGAAGACUGCGAGUUCCAACAGCCUAUCACUCUACUGCAAUGAAAGCAAUUGCCGAAGACUACCGUCUAGCCAUGGGGGACCUAGCUCGUGGACCCGCAGCAAAGACCAUUCCCAUGAUCUCGUCGGUAACGGAGGAUGUCGUUAGCAGUAAAGGCCUAGCCAGCGCGGAUUACUGGGUUCGCAACUUGACCUCCCCAGUCAAAUUCGAAGGAGCUUUGUCUCGUCUGCUGCUCUUGGCGCAAAACAGAAUCCAGCCUCGAAAGCAGUUGGGUCGCAAGCUUCCCGUGGACUUUAACAUCACUCAUUUCCUAGAGAUCGGCCCCCACAAAGCCCUUCAGGGACCCAUAUCGGAGACGAUACGGGCUUCUCCUGGUUCUGGCAAGCCGACGUACAUGCCUCUAUUGGAGCGGAAGCAGGAUGCACACAUCACUCUGCUCAAGACAGCUGGGCAGCUGUUCUGCGCGGGAUACCCCGUUGACAUCCUCAGUGUGAACGGACUGGAGGAUAUCCCGCGGUCAAUGCCCUCGAGCCUACCUUCCUACCCUUUCAACCAUGAGCGCGUUUAUUGGAAGGAAGGCCGCAUCAGCAAGAACUUCCGGUUCCCGCAGGUAGCGCGGCAUGAUCUAUUAGGAACACCCAAUCUCGACUGGAAUCCCCAGGUGGCCCAGUGGCGUAAUGUUGUGCGACUGAAUGAAUUGCCAUGGCUGCGGGACCAUACCAUCGAUGGCCAAAUCAUCUUCCCUGGCACGGGAAUGGUGAUCAUGGCCGUGGAAGCCUUGCGUCAGCUGCCCUGGGCACAGUCAAACCUCACCAGCAUUGAGAUUAAAAGCGCACAAUUUCUGCAUGCUAUCCGCUUUCCGGACGGAUUGGAGGAGCUUGAGACACAGUUGACGCUUACCACGGAAAAGGCGAAGGAUUCCACGGAGAUGCCAUGGUCACAGUUUAGACUCUUCACCAUCGAAGAUGGCAGCUACAUCGAAUGCUGCCGAGGGCUCAUCCGAGGUUCUGUAGAUCGUGAGCCUCGGACUCCAGAGCUGCCCUCCUCAAGUGGCACAUCUUUCGAGGAUUGGGUAGCCGCACUCUCUGCUGGCUGUGAGUCGCCAAAGAACGCUUACGAGAACACUGGGAGCUCGGUUCGUUACGGGCCAUGCUUUCAGAACUUGAAAGACAUGCGACUGGGCUCUGGAGGCAAGGCAUUUGCGCACGUUGACUUAAGUACGUGGAGGUCUGGUGAAACUGAUGAUUGGAGUCCGCAAUACACCGUUCACCCCGUUACAAUGGACGGGCUGGCACAGCUUGUUGUCCCAGCAUUGGCUUAUGAGUGUGACAAUCUGCCUACCAUGGUUCCCGUCCGAGCUGAAACAAUCUGGAUCAAUCUGUCGGGGCCUUCUAUGUCGAGCGACAAGGAGCUUCUGGCUGCGGCGCAAUGCAGCACCCGCGGCAAUAGAGGCGCCAGGGCUGACGUUGUCGGUACGAGCUCGGAUGGAACCCAACUGGUCGUAUAUAUCGAAGCCCUCGAGACGACCUUUAUCGGGGAGGCCUCAACAAGUACGGGACAGGAUAUCGCUCGCAGCCUUUGCACGAAUUUAGUCUGGAAGCCGGAUGUUGACAUGUUGAGCGACGAACAACUUCUUGAGGAGAUCUGCCGUGGUAGACCCAGUGAGCCACACGGUUCUUUGCAGCGCCACGAAUCCCUGCAGCUAGCACUUCUCAGUUUCUUGGAUGAAGCUGUCCAAUACGUUGACCAACACCCCGAUUUGUCUAUCCCACUGUAUCUCCGGCGUUACGUCGAUUGGAUGCGAUACCAGCAAGGUCGUCAUCAUGACAGUUCCCUCACAAAGGCCAAUGACUGGGUCCUCCGCGACAGGUCAGCGCGUGAUAAGCUGGCCCUGGACAUUGAAAAUACAGACAACGAAGGUCGCUUCUUUAUUCAUGUUGCGCGGAAUCUGAUUGCCAUUCUGUCCGGAGAGUCGGAUCCACUCGAUGUGAUGUUCAGGAACGGGCUGGCUGAUCGUUACUAUGAGCAGAUGCUCGCGAGUGAACAUCACGCAUACCCUAUUUCCCGGUACCUCGACCUUCAGUGCUUCAAGAAUCCGUCUUUGAAGGUUCUUGAGAUAGGUGCUGGGACCGGAGGCCAAACACUUGGCGCGCUGAAAGCCCUUUGCUCGGACGGGGUCCCGAAGUGUGCCCAGUAUGAUUAUACCGAUAUCUCUCCGGGUUUCUUUCCUCAGGCCAAGGAGAAGUUUAAAGACUUUCUUGAUAUCAUGCGCUUCCGCACGUGUGAUGUUACGAAAGACCCGGUCACUCAGUCCUUUGAGCCGGGAAGUUAUGAUAUUAUAAUGGCUUCUCAUGUACUGCACGCUACGGACCGGUUGGAUGUCUCUUUGCAAAAUAUCAGGAAGCUGCUCAAGCCUGAUGGAAAGCUGGUCUUGAUGGAGACGACCGAUCCCGACGCCCUUCCGAUUUCUUUUGCCUUUGGCCUUCUGAAAGGAUGGUGGAGUCCUCUCGACCAUGAAGAGCGCACUACCUAUAGUCCAUGCAUCACGCUAUCUCAGUGGGACGAGCGCCUUAAAAGAAACGGCUUUUCUGGCAUUCAGAUUGACGUUCCAGGCCAAGAGCUUCCGGUCUGCCGAUACAGCAGCAUAAUCGUCUCGAGCGCCAGAGCUGAGAAUAAUGUGAUCGAUACCACGGAUGACCUGAUCGUGAUUCGUGACCCAACCCGGGCCUACCAAUGCGAGGUUGCAGCAUCCAUUGCGCUUGGCCGCCGUGCAGUGAUAACUACGUUGGGCGAGGCGGCUCAGCUCAACAUCAGACCGUCCACAGAGAUCGUGGUUCUUCUGGAGAUGGAAGCCAGUGUCUUAUCUGACCUUAAUAACGCCAGUUAUACGCUGUUGCAGAGGGUCAUGACCGCGGCCAAGAAUGUUCUCUGGGUCACUCGACCACUUGUGAAGGGGGAGCGCCUCCCGCAACACUCUUUGGUAGAGGGCUUUGGUCGUACCCUCGCAUCUGAAGACGCGACCCGGAAGUUCGCCACAGUGGCACUGGAUGGUUACGAACCGGCGGACCAAGCUAGCGCGACGAUUCUACGAUUGAUGUCUCAAAUCGCCAGACGGCCAGUGGAAAACAUGGAGACUACCUUCUCAACCUCGGAGGGUGUUUUGAAGAUCCCUCGUGUUUCGCAAAACGAGGAAAUGAAUGAGGUAAUUCAUCAGUAUACCCGACCUCGAAGGGAAGAGCAAUGGUAUUGUGAUAGCGAGACAGAUUCCAUUCAAGGGGCUACCCUCGAAGUCGGCGCACCGGGAGGUCCGCACGAGGUGGAAUACCGGGAGAACUGCGAAUCUCUGUCUUCCACGCUUGCUGAUGAUGAAGUUGUGAUCCAAGUGCAAGCUUUCGGGCUGACACCUAGGGAUUACCUGAUUGCAAGUGGUCAGCUGAAACAAGGUGGUUUGGGCACCCAGUGCUCUGGAAUCGUUCGGCAAGCUGUAGCUCAGUCCGGCUUCAAGGAGGGUGAUAGGGUAUGCGCAAUUGGGACAGCAAUGGCCGGUACCUUGAUUCGCGCAAAGUCCAGAGCCGUGAUUGCGAUUCCCUCGGAUUUGAGUUUCACACAAGCUGCCGCCUUGCCCACACCCUUGUGGAUGGCCUUCUACUCGUUGGACCACCUUGCGAAGCUCGAAGCGGACGAGACCUUGCUUGUUCACCACGCCUGCACCAGCGUUGGACAGAUGGUUGCUCAGCUUGCCGCAAGGCAGGGUGCGCGUGUGCUGGCUACCACAACCAGCAAGGCACAGCAGACCCUUUUGUGCGCAACUCUCUGUUUGCCCGAGUCGGACGUUUUUCUGUCCAGCGACCCCUUAUUAGCACAAAGGCUGAAGCAGAUCACCGAGGGGCAGGGUGUGGAUGUGAUAGUCGGUUCAUUUGACGCCGAUGCUAGGUCUAAGAUGGCACGAUGCCUCGCUCCUGGCGGUCGGAUUGUUGAUAUCAGCUGGGGUGCUAGCCAACGAGCCCAGCAAAUGCCGCUCCCGAACACUUCGCAUGCUCUGAUCGAUAUGGUAGAGCUAUUCAGCUGCAAGCCGCAGAGGGCUCACGCAUUCUUCCAAAAGGCUAUGAAGUGCUAUUUCGAAGGGCAGAGCAAGCCGCCACAGUUCAUUGAUGUUUAUAAAGCUGGGAAGGAACAGGAUGCAUUCCAACGAUACCUUGAUAUGGAUAUGAUCGGGGAGCUAGUGAUCGAAUUUGAUAGAGCUACCGCUAUCACGGUGAAUUGCUCCUCCAAGCCACGAUAUCUCUUCCCCGAGAACUCCUACGUCAUUGCAGGAGGGCUCGGAGGACUGGGUCGCAGUUUCGCCCGGUGGAUGGCAAGUCGAGGAGCGCGUCAUUUGAUUCUGCUCUCUCGCUCUGGUCCGUCGACAUCCACCGCUCAAGCACUUGUCCAUGAAUUGGAAGAUAUGGGGGUCAAGGUUGCAACACCCCAGGUCGACAUCAGUAACCUCUGCCACCUCGAGCAGACACUAGCUAAGCUUUCUGCAACUAUGCCCCCAAUCCGAGGAUGCAUACAAGCUACGGUGGCAUUAAGGGAUAACCUGUACGAGAACAUGUCCUACGAGGACUGGACCAUCAGCACCGACUCCAAGGUCACUGGAUCAUGGAACCUGCACCGCGCGCUCCCUCAAGACCUCGAUUUCUUCAUCCUUCUCUCGUCGCUGAACGGCAUCUUCGGCAGCCGUGCGCAGGCCAACUACGCCGCCGGCAACACCUUCAAGGACGCGCUGGCCCAUCACCGACUGGCGCAGAAGCAGAAAGCCGUCUCGAUCGACCUAGGCCUCAUGGUCGCCGAGGGCGUGGUCGCCGAAAGCGAGUUCCUCCUCUCCGCCAUGCGCCGCAUCGGCCACCUGAUGGAGAUCGCGCAGGACGAGCUCCUCGCCCUCCUAGACUACUACUGUAACCCGGGGCUGCCGCUGCUUCCCGCAACCGAGGCACAGAUCAUCGUCGGCAUCGAACUCCCGGACGACAUUACGGCAAAGGGAAUCGACCUGCACCAUUCCAUCCGGCGCCCGAUAUUCAGCCACCUGUUCCGGAUAGGGUCGCGGAAUGGGACAGGGGCCAGCAACGGGGCUUCCGGCCAGGCUGUGGAUCAGGCUGGGCUGAUCGACCGGCCUGCAGUCCUGAAGGCACUGCCAUCGGUCGGGGACGCGACGGACCAGAUUGUCGAGUGGGUGGCGGCGAAGGUUGCGCAUAUGUUGGGACUGUCGGCCGCGGACAUCGACCCCGGAAAGCCAGUGCACUCGUAUGGAAUCGACUCCCUGAUUGCGGUGGACUUGAAGAACUGGUUCGAUCGGGAGAUCGGCGCCAGUAUCACCGUGUUUGAUCUGAUGGGCAAUGCGCCGCUGCAGCGGCUUGGGCAGGUGGCGGCCGAGAAGAGUCGGUAUCGUGUUCAGUGA